AUGCCACUCUUCAUCCUGCGCAUAGCUAGGGUGGCACGCCUCUUCCCUUCCCAAGGGGCCUGGGUCCCCCGGGGCCUGUUCUGUCCCUGUGCUGGGCUCUCUGUGCUGCUGAGCAGCAGUGGGAUAGAACAAAAUGGCAUUCUGGCCAAUCAGGUAGCCGGGGUCACAGGGUCCACUGAUGGGAUCAGCUUCGCCAUGGCUCAGCGUCUGGCCCAGGAUGGGCCCCAUGUCGUGGUCAGCAGCCAGAAGCAGCAGAACGUGGACCUGGCGGUGGCAGCGCUGCAGGAGGAGGGGCUGAGCACUGUGGGCACCAUGUGCCAAGGGGAAGGCAGGGACCAGGAGCAGCUGGUGGCCACAGUCCUGGAGCACUGUGGGGACGUCGACUCCCUGGUGUGCAGCUCAGCGGUCAGCCCCCCGGUGGGGAGCACCCUGGGCGCCAGUGAGCAGGUGGGGGACAAGAUCAUCCUUGUGAAUAUUGAAGUCCCGGCUGUGCUGCUGAGCCGGCUGCUGCCCCUCGUGGAGAAAAGGGGGGAGGUGGUCCUGGUCUCCUCAAUGGCAGCCUAUAUUCCACUUGCCAAAACAGGAGCCUACAGCAUCAGUAAAAUGGCCCUGCUGGGACUCACCCAGACCCUGGCAGUGGAGCUGGCAUCAAAGAACAUCUGGGUGAACUUCCUGGUGCCAGGAAUCAUCAACACAGACUGCAGUCAAAUACUCUUUGAGGACCCAACUCUGUGGAACUGUUUGGGAAGAUUCCAUGGAAUACAGAGAGUGGAGUGGCCUGAGGACUGUGCAGAACUGGUGUCCUUCCUGUGCUCUUCAGAUGCCAGCUACAUCACUGGCAAGAACAUCAUGGUGCCCAACUUCUCCCCCACCUCUGAGGGGUAUGAGCACAGAGCUCAGGCUUGCCUCUUGAUGUGA